AGCACGCACAAAUAUUCAUAACCGGUAUAAAUAUCGCGGGGUAUCCUGGAAUCACCCCGUCGAAUAUCUUGCCAGCAUUACCCUACAUUCAACGAUAUUCUGCCAACAUUAUGAUUUCUACUACCUUCUACGUUGCUUCACGUUUCACCAUUACGGCCUUAAUCUCGGUAUCGUUCUUCGAGGAAACGGUUCUCCGUCCAAUCCGAUCUGGACCAAGGAAGGGUACCGCCGGCCUCGUCGUGUCGGCAUUCAAGUCGACAAUUAUCUUGAUCCUAGCUGCCGAUGAGGCCGCUUCAAUGUAUCUGAGCAACGAUACCAGUGGAUCCUCCACUGGUGGGCACGGUCCCGAUGCAGCACCAAGGCUGCUGGGAACGACGUGCCCAGCGUGCAAGUUACAUCAAGGUACUCCGGAUCGUCACCCACCCGCGAAUUUCGUGUUGCCAGUUCCAGCCCGGAGGUCUUUUCUACAGUCAUCUCCAUCUUCAGUGUCAUCGUCACCUGUAUUCAGAUCGACGAUAUCACACAACAUAACUACUCUCGAUUUGUCAUACUCAGGCAAUUGUAAACGCCUCUCCAUCACAUCAAAUACUACCCUUGUAGCCUGCGACGACGACCGCUUGAAGGACGUCUUGCUACCACCCUCAUUGUCAUCGUCACCUGUAUCCAUAUCAACAAUGCCCAACGACAUCACUACUCCGGAUUUGCCAUAUUUCGACAACUGUAAGCGCCUCUCCAUCACAUCAGAUACUACCCUUGUAGCCUGCGACGACGACCAUUCGAAGGACGUCUUGCUACCAUCUUCGUUGUCAUCGUCACCUGUAUUCAGAUCGACAAUAUCGCACAACAUCACUACUCUUGACCUGUCGAUCACAUCAAAUACUGCCCUGGUAGCCUGCGACGACGACUGCUUGAAGGAUCUCUGGCUACUAUUUUCAUUGUCAUCGUCACCUGUAUUCAGAUCAAUGCCCAACGACAUAACUACUACCCUCGAUUUGUCACAUUUCGCCAAUUGUAAGCGCCUCUCUAUCGCAUCAGAUACCACCCUUGUAGCCUGCGAUGAUGACUCAAAGGUCAUCUUUUCUGACAAGGACAACACUAUACCACAGCCUGGGGUGCGAGCACCAGCGCACGCUACAGAUAAUGUCCGCGUUGAUGUCCCAACCCCAAGUACAACCAUCGACAUUAUUAGCCCCUUCUGUACGCCGUACAUUCAGCCACUUGUCCUACUAGCCGACAAAUGCCGGACAACGCCUACGUGUACUACUAGCCAUUCUGUUCCUGGAUCCGUACACCUCACGGAUGCCCCGCUUCAGACGACGAAUUCCCUCCAUAGCAGUCCAUCCGUAGUCCCCAAGGAUGACUUCGUACACUUGGAGGGCGUCUUCACUGGCACUGACGAAGCAUUAGACACCAAAGACGUCGAACACCACAUCGACACCCUGCCCCCAUGCAUGCCAGCUCUCAUCGCCAACAAUGGUCUCGUCAUAGAAAAUGCUCUCCCUGUCGAAAAUGCUCUCGCCAUCCGCAAUGUUCCCUCUCAUCCGCCAAACUUUCGGCCACUUGCUCCACUCAAUAGUUUCCCAAUGUCAUCGUCUACGAAAACUGACACUAACCCUUCUGAAUCCGCCCGACCCACUGACGUGCUAGCUCACAAGACCAAGGCUGCUGCCUCCUGGCUAAAGCCCCUGAUACUCGUUACUAAAUAUGCCGCUGAUCGACUCAUCCCUCUACCUCUCACAGCGCUUCCUGAGAAGUCGCGCCCAUAUAAACUGAAGCAGCAGAAGCGCAAACCUGCUAGAUCUUUGCGAAUGGACUCUGCUUGCCACAGCAUCGUGCGUUCUCGCCUCCGGCGACACGCCCACAGGAUCGUCGGCCACCUUGCGCAAGUCUGCAAACAGAUUUGUGCCGAUCAAUCAUCCCUCAUGGACGGCUGGGUCACUGCCAUGGCGGAGGUGGGGCUCACCUCGAUGCUGGUCGGCGACCACCGGAAGUCGCCAGGAUCGCAGCUCCCUCUUACAUUAGACACAUUUUAUGUUUUAGAGCCUGGUUCGCGAAUCAAGGCCCGUCUUGCGUCACUUCGCCAUCGAACAAAUGCAGUCGUGGCCACGAUUCCAGCUACCACCACUUUUCCACCUUUGCUACCCCGGCGAGACACUUGCUGACACCUCUAACGUUUUACGCCCCUCCAUUGCGGCUUCACUAAUACUUACAACACUGACAACUACCGCCUACUGACAACAAACACUGCGAUAGCCCACCAAGGUCACAGGCCACACAUACCAACGAGAAAAUACGACGCCAUCAUGACAUGCAUCAUGAUACUAACACCAUG